GGAGGACCUCUGGAGAGCAGAAGCUAAGUACCAGCUUGAUUUUUGUGCCCCCAGGUUCCUUCUGCAGUUUUAGAAAGAAGUAUCAAAUUCUGUGUCUCUGGAUGCAAGUUGCUCUAGGGAUUUGUCUGAAGGUGGAUGUAGCUUAGGUUCAGAGCUACAGAAAGAAACGUAACUCUUAGGGAAGGACGAAGGAGAAAGAAAUGAAAACGAGAAGAUUAGUGUCUUUUUCAGGACUUCAGGUAGGGAGCGGUGUGCGUUUGUGAGGGAGUGUGUGUGUGAGAGGGCUUGGCUUCCGUCUGUGUGUCCCUCCUCUAGGAUCAGCGGGAGGAGGGGCUAUUGAAGAAGGGACCCAAAAGAAAAAAGAAAAAAAAAAAAAAAGAAAGGCAGAAACCUGAGCUCACUAGGAGGAGGUUCCAGGGAACCCGGAGAAAUGAACUUCUUCAUUCUGCAAGGACUAAACUAGAGUCAGGAGAGCCAGGUCAAGGGAGAAGGGAGAGGCAGGCACAGCACUGGUCGCCGGUAGCCAGAAGAGGCACUCUUUCGGGGCUGCUCCUAAAAGUUUGGUCUGUGAACAAAACAGUUUCCCCGGUGACUGCGAAUCCACUGCUAGCCUUCUCUUGCUCUUCUCCCCAUCACUCCCGUGUGGUACCCAGAAGUUGACUUCUGGUUCUGUAUAGAGAGAGAGCUGGGGGAGGUAUGAUGUGUCUAAAGAUCCUGAGAACCAGCCUGGUGAUUCUGGCCGGCUGGGCGUUCAGUGCUGCCAGCUCUGAGCCGGGCUGGACACGCAAGAGAGCCCUGGCUCAGAGGGGACACCUGAACCAGGUGCUGUCGGAAGGAGAACGCUGUUGGCUGGGGGCCAAGCUGCGAAGACCCAGAACUGCUCCCCAGCAUCACCUCUUUGGGGUCUACCCCAGCUGGCCUGGGGACCACCUGAGGCCCUACCCUGUGGGGGGUCAGGGAACCCACCAUGCAGGACACAGUAAGCCAGAUGCCCCGAGGGGUCUGGCCACAAGCCUGGAUGGAAGUGUGGGGCCGAGGGGUGAAGCUGAGCCGCCGGCCAUCCCGUGGGUCUGGCAUGGUCCUACUGGGUGGUCGGAGCUGCGGGGAGACCGGGACACUUAUCUCGGCGAUGGAGGAUCCAAGACCAUUCCAGGUGAGGCUGAGACUCAGGAGCGCUCAGCCACGGCUGCCACCGUUACCACCACCUUCGUGGGCCCAAAGGAACCCCAGCCAGAGAGCCGAAGGAAGGGCCGGGCCAAGACCAGGCAUCGUCGCCAGGUGGUGAAAGGGCAGGCGGGGGGCCUGCGGGGAAACCCGAGUGUCUCUCCUCGGCAUUUCCAACCUUGGCCUAAGCACCCCCUUGUGCAUGGAGUCAGGACCAGUCUGAUCCAGGACAGCAUCCAGAAGGGUGGAGGGGACCCCCACUGGGAAACAGAGACCCUUAACCCCCACGGAGGACUGCCUGUUUUAUACUUCUCGGGGAGGCGGGGGCGGCUGCUGCUGCGACCAGAAGUGCUGGCUGAGAUUCCCCGGGAGGCGUUCACAGUGGAAGCCUGGGUGAAACCAGAGGGAGGACAGAACAACCCAGCCAUCAUUGCAGGUGUGUUUGAUAACUGCUCCCACACUGUCAGUGACAAGGGCUGGGCCCUAGGGAUCCGCUCAGGGAAGGACAUGGGAAGGCGAGACGCUCGCUUCUUCUUCUCCCUUCGCACCGACCGUGUGAAGAAAGCCACCAUUGUGACUGGCCACAGUCGCUACCAACCAGGCACAUGGACACACGUGGCAGCCACUUACGAUGGACAGCAUAUGGCCCUGUAUGUGGAUGGCACUCGGGUGGCUAGUAGCCCAGAGCAGUCUGGUCCCCUGAACAGUCCCUUCAUGGCGUCUUGUCGUUCUUUGCUUCUGGGGGGGGAUAGCUCUGAGCAUGGCCACAAUUUUCGUGGACACCUGGGUACACUGGUCUUCUGGUCAACCGCCCUCCCACAAAGCCACCUCCAACACAGUCCUCAGCAUCCAACAGGAGUGGAGGAACUGACCACCCUGAUCCUGACUGCCAGUUUUGAGCCCUUGGAAGAACAGUGGGCCCCCUUUAGGGAUGGGGAGUACCCACAGCGUGAGGUUCUGCAGGGCUUUGAGCCUCAGCCUGAGAUUCUGUCACCUUUGCAGCCCCCGCUCUGUGGGCAGACAGUUUGUGACAAUGUGGAGCUGAUCUCCCACUACAAUGGGCACCAGCCCCUCCAGGGAGAGAAGGCAAUCCGCUACCAGGUGGUGAACAUCUGUGAUGAUGAGGGCCUGAACCCCAUCGUGAGCGAGGAGCAGAUCCGCCGGCAGCACAAGGCACUGAGCGACGCCUUCAGCCGCUACAACAUUACUUGGCAGCUGAGUGUCCACCAGGUCCACAACUCCACCCUGCGCCACCGGGUUGUGCUGGUGAACUGUGAGCCCAGCAAAAUCGGCAAUGACCACUGUGACCCUGAGUGUGAGCACCCGCUCACGGGCUACGACGGGGGCGACUGCCGCCUGCACGGCCGCUGCUACUCCUGGAACCGCAGGGAUGGGCUCUGCCACGUGGAGUGCAACAACAUGCUGAACGACUUUGAUGACGGGGACUGCUGCGACCCCGAGGUGGCUGAUGUUCACAAGACCUGCUUCGACCCUGACUCACCCAGGAGGGCAUACAUGAGUGUGAAGGAGCUGAAGGAGGCACUGCAGCUCAACAGUACUCACUUCCUCAAUGUCUACUUUGCUAGCUCAGUGCGGGAAGACCUUGCUGGUGCUGCCACAUGGCCUUGGGACAAGGAAGCCAUCAGUCACCUGGGUGGCGUUGUCCUCAACCCAGCCUAUUACGGCAUGCCUGGCCAUACCAACAUUAUGAUCCAUGAGGUGGGGCAUGUCCUGGGACUCUACCAUGUCUUCAAAGGGGUCAGUGAGAGGGAAUCCUGUGAUGACCCCUGUAGGGAGACAGUGCCGUCCAUGGAUACGGGAGACCUCUGUGCGGACACUGCCCCUACUCCCAAGAGUAAGCUGUGCCAGGACCCAGAGCCUGUCAAUGACACCUGUGGCUUCACCCACUUCCCUGGGGCUCCAUUCAGCAACUACAUGAGCUAUACAGAUGACGACUGCACCGACAGCUUCACCCCGAACCAGGUGGCCCGGAUGCACUGCUAUUUGGAUCUUGUGUAUCAGCAGUGGAGUCAAAGUCGGAAGCCCACCCCCAUUCCCAUCCCACCCAUGGUCAUCGGGCAGACCCACACCUCCCUCACCAUCCACUGGCUUCCUCCAAUCAGUGGGGUUGUGUAUGAUAGGGUCCCAGGUAGUGUGUGUGGCGCCUGCACUGAAGAUGGGACGUUCCGUCAGUACGUGCACACAGCUUCCUCCCGGCGUGUGUGUGACUCUUCAGGGUACUGGACUCCAGAGGAGGCUGUGGGGCCUCCAGACGUGGACCAGCCCUGUGAGCCGAGCUUGCAGGCCUGGAGUCCUGAGCUCCAUCUGUACCAUAUGAACAUGACGGUCCCCUGCCCUGCGGAAGGCUGUAGCCUGGAGCUGCUCUUCCAGCACCCGGUCCAAGCUGAUACCCUUACCCUUUGGGUCACCUACCUCUCCAUGGACUCCUCACAGGCACUCUUUGAUACAGAGAUCUUGCUGGAACACCAGGAUUCUGUGCAUCUGGGCCCCUUAGACACUUUCUGUGACACCCCACUCACUAUCAAACUGCAUGUUGAUGGGAAGGUCUCAGGGGUGAAAGUCUACACCUUUGAUGAGCGGAUGGAAAUCGAUGCAGCUCUUCUGACUUCCCAGCCCCACAGUCCCUUGUGCUCUGGCUGCAGGCCUGUGAGGUACCAGGUUCUCCGUGAGCCCCCAUUUGCCAGUGGCUUGCCCAUGGUGGUGACAGAUCCUCGCAGGAAGUUCACAGAUGUGGAGGUCACACCAGGGCAGAGGUAUCAAUACCAAGUUCGAGCUGAAGCUGGGACAGAACUGGGAGAAGCUUCACCUCCGCUGAGCCAUAUCCAUGGAGCUCCUUACUGUGGAGAUGGGAAGGUGGCGGGGAGCCUGGGAGAAGAGUGUGAUGAUGGGGACCUUCUGAGCGGAGAUGGCUGCUCGAGGACCUGCCAGCUGGAGGAAGGCUUCCACUGUGCAGGGGAGCCAAGCCUAUGUUACAUAUAUGAGGGAGAUGGGAUAUGUGAACCUUUUGAGAAGGAAACCAGCAUCAUAGACUGUGGCCUCUAUACUCCCAAAGGAUACCUGGAUCAGUGGGCCACCCAAGCUUACUCCUCUCAUGAAGAUAAGAAGUGUCCUGCUUCCUUGGUAACAGGAGAACCUCAUUCCAUGAUUUGCACAUCGUAUCACCCAGAGUCACCAGAGCACCCUCCCCUUACUGGCUGGUUUCCCUGUGUCACCAAUGGAAAUAGACCUCAGGAUAAAAGAAGUGAGCAGACAGAAGGUAGUCUGGAGAGAGAGGAUGAGGUUUGGCUCAAAGUGUGUUUCAGUAGACCAGGAAUGGCCUCGGCAAUUUUCAUCUUCUUGGCGUCUGAUGGCCCGGUACUCAGAGAACAUCAGCGGCCGACCGUGACUGUUCACCUGACUGAUGUCAGUGGGAACAACCACUCUCUUGGGACCCAUGAGCUCUCAUGCCAGCAAAACCCACUGGUUAUCAAUGUGACCCAUCACUUGAAUGUCCUUUCCCACCAGACCACCUCAGUGCUGCUGAAUUUCUCAUCCCCAUUGGUGGGCAUCUCGGCAGUGGCUCUAAGGACAUCAUCCCACAUAAGUCCUCCAAGUCUCGAUACAUGCAGCCCAGAACAUGAGGGACAAAAUCAUCAGGGACAGAGCUGUGUCCAUCGGCCCUGUGGGGAGCAGGGCAGCUGUGCACCAUUGCUGCUUGAUCACACGGAGAUGGUGAACUGUACCUCUGGCGGCCCAGGUCACAUGAAGUGUGCGAUUACCUGUCAAAGGGGGUUUGCCCUUCAGGGCAGCAGUGGGAAAUACCUCAGGCCGGUGCAGAAGGAAAUUCUGCUCACAUGUUCCUCUGGGCACUGGGACCGGACUGUGAGCUGCAUGCCCCUUGAUUGUGGUGUUCCCGACCCAUCUUUGGUGAACUACGCAACCUUCUCCUGCUCAGAGGGAACAGACUUUCAGAAACGCUGUUCAAUCUCCUGUGUCCCACCGGCCAAGCUUCAAGGACUGAACCCGUGGCUGACCUGUCUUGAAGAUGGGCUCUGGUCCCUCCCCGAAGCCUACUGCAAGUUGGAGUGUGACGCUCCUCCCGUUAUCCCAAAUGCCAGUGUGCUCCUGCCCCCCUGUCCCCAGCACAGCCAUGACGUGGGCUCCGUGUGUAGAUACGAAUGCAAGCCGGGCUACUACGCCGUGCCGAGUGCGGACAGCAAAGUCAGGAGCAAUUUCCUGAAGAUACAGUGCCUGGAGGGUGGAAUCUGGGAGCAAGGCAGCUGCGUCCCAGUGGUGUGUGAGCCCCCUUCUCCUGUCUUUGAAGGCAUGUAUGAAUGUACCAACGGCUUUGAGCUCAACAGCCAGUGCAUGCUCAACUGUAACCAAGAAAGUGGAAGGCGUCCCAUCCUCUGCACUAAGGAGGGACUAUGGACUGAGGAGUUCAAGUUGUGUGAGAACCUGCAAGGGGAAUGCCCACCACCCCCCUCGGAGCUGAAUUUUGUGGAGUACAAGUGUGAACAGGGAUACGGAAUUGGUGCAGUGUGUUCCCCGACGUGCGUAAUUCCCCCUAGUGAUCCUGUAAUUCUGCCUGAGAACAUCACAGCUGACACUCUGGAGCACUGGAUGGAACCUGUCAAAGUCCAGAGCAUCGUGUGCACUGGGCGGCGUCAAUGGCACCCAGACCCUGUCCUGGUCCACUGCAUUCAGUCAUGUGAGCCUUUCCAAGCAGAUGGAUGGUGUGAUACCAUCAACAACCGGGCCUACUGCCACUAUGAUGGGGGAGACUGCUGCUCUUCCACGCUCUCCUCCAAGAAGGUCAUUCCAUUUGCUGCUGACUGUGACCUGGAUGAAUGCACCUGCCGAGACCCCAAGGCUGAAGAAAAUCAGUAA